GAAGGUGAGUUUUCGGCAGCUCCGUGACACACCCCCCCCCCCAUCGCGCCGGGCCGCGCGCCGCUCACCGCCGUGUCUGUCUGUUGCAGGAGGAGCCAUGCCGGCCAAGGGGCCCCUGCAGAGCGUCCAGGUCUUCGGGCGGAAGAAAACAGCUACUGCUGUUGCUCACUGCAAGAGAGGAAAUGGUCUCAUUAAAGUGAAUGGAAGACCCCUGGAAAUGAUUGAGCCCAGAACCCUGCAGUACAAAUUGCUUGAACCUGUUCUUCUCCUGGGCAAAGAACGCUUUGCUGGUGUUGACAUCAGAGUCCGUGUUAAGGGUGGAGGCCAUGUAGCACAAAUUUACGCAAUCCGUCAAUCUAUUUCCAAAGCAUUGGUGGCUUAUUAUCAGAAGUAUGUUGAUGAAGCUUCCAAGAAGGAAAUCAAGGACAUCUUAAUCCAGUAUGAUAGGACCUUACUGGUUGCAGAUCCUCGUCGUUGCGAGUCCAAGAAGUUUGGUGGACCUGGUGCCCGUGCACGCUACCAGAAGUCUUACCGUUAAAAUUGUUCUUUACCCUUGUAUCCUGCAAUAAAUAUGAGGAAAAGUUAAUAAAUAGCUCAAGUUUUUAAAUCUGG